UAACAUUUGAAACAUUUGUUAGUAAUUGUUAGUAACUCUAACAGUCACUAAAAACACGACGCACUUUCAGUUUUAGCUCGCGGAAGUAAACUCUCGCGUGAUUUCCGCGUAAGCUCUCGCGAGGCGUGCGUUCCGCUCGCAGACUCCAUGAUCUGAUCGGGUCCCGAGCGGCGCGGAGCGAUCAUCUCUGCGCGUUCAUGACGCCCUUUCGCGCGUCGUGCCGCGCUCGAAUUUCCGCUCGGAUGGACUAAUAAUUUAGUGAUGAUGGAGAACGUUAAAGUGAAGAAGGUCGGCGCUCUGAGUGUGGCCCUGAGAUCCGCAGCAGACGAUGAAGAAGAAGAUGAAGGCCAGAGAGCAUCGAACCCCAGACAGGCGAGCUCAGACGAGCCUUGGACCAGAAACCAAAGUCCGGCAGAGCUCAACAUGAUCAAUAAAGCCUGCAAGAGCAGCUCAGGUUUACUGCUGAGAAAGAGGAGGGUGAAGAGGCACGUGUCCAGCGUCGCAUCGUCUCAUAGCCGCAGUCUGGACCGCCAGACGUUGCUCAAACACCGAGCCAGCCCACAGCUGCAGCUGUCUGACCGCCAGUGGGUCCGACAGGACCUGCGCAGGGGCUCCGUUCACGUCUACGACCGGCUUCUGGCUUACUCCCAUCCGCCCCGGCCGGUGCUGUGCACGGUGGAGAGCACCGCCGCGGAGAUAGCGCUGCGCCUGCAGCAGAUGAACGGCAGGACGAGCUCGGUCCUGCGGCUGAAUGCGAAGACCUAUCCAACUAUCGACGUGAACGGGAACUGCGAUGCAGAAUAUCCGCUCAGGCACUUCCACACGGGUGCCGAAAGCCUUCCCGACCAGCCUAACGACCGGUUGCGACUCCUGCUUUUGGAGAAGGAGCCCCGGUACAACCAGGAAUUUGAUAUCUACGCGCAUUCAGAGGGCAAUAUUGACCGAGGGUCCCCGCAGGAUGAAGACUUCGUUAAGAGGUUUGCGGGGUCGGACGCCGAGACCAGCAGCGCUUGUGAUGACCUGAGCUCCGGGGCCCGGUUCGGCCAGCACCGGGACUCGCUCAGCGACGACAUGAUACUGGGCACGGACGCGUCGGCGCUUAGCCCUGCGUUUGACAGCAGCGCCGCGGAGGGCCUGGACACGUACGGUAGCUCUUCAGACGAGCUGGACCUGGACUGUCCACCGGAACCCAACGCGUUCGGCAGUGACGUGACCGAUGAGUCCGAGACUCGCACGAGAUUUAAAACGCAGAAUGCGGAAUCUCCGAAUCGGGAGUCAGGUGGACCGGACACGCCGUCUGAUUCGGACUCGAGACCGGCCCUUUACGUUCAGCUGCACGGCGAGGCCGCCCGACGCCUGGGUCCAGAUGAGAGGCCCCUGCAGAUCCAGAAUGACUUUCUUUUUAAACUGGGAUUUAAAGACCCGUGGCGGGUCCAGGAGGAGGGGAUGAACACCGAACUGGGCUCUCUCUUGCGCUUCUAUGCAGGGAAACCUUACAGCAUUGAGAGCUCUGAGCGCAUUCAGCUCUCUGGAACCUAUAACGUGCGGAAAGGAAAGCUGCAGCUGCCUGUGAACCGCUGGAGUCGUCGACAGGUCAUUUUAUGUGGCACUUGUCUAAUGGUGUCUUCAAUCAAGGCCAGCCAUACAGGAAAGAUGCACAUCUUACCACUGAUUGGAGGAAAGGUUGAGGAGGUGAAGAAACAUAGCCACUGUUUGGCCUUCAGCUCGGCAGGACCUCAGAGUCAGACCUACUACAUCAGCUUUGAUAGCUUCACCGAACAUCUGCGCUGGCAUCGGCAAGCUGCCAAGAUGGUGUCUCAAAGGAUAAGUUCAGUGGAUCUGUCUUGCUGUAGUCUGGAGAAACUACCGCCCAACCUUUUGUACAGUCAAGAUCUGACACAUCUCAACCUCAAACACAACUUCCUGCCUGCUGACCAAACACUUCUGCAGCUCCAGAGAUUUUCUCGAUUGCGGAGUCUCAAUCUCUCUAAUAACCAGCUAGGAAGUUUCCCUUUGCUCAUCUGCUCCAUCAGCACACUGACGGAGGUCAAUCUCAGCUGCAACUACCUGACCUCUGUCCAUCCCGAUGUGGGCAACAUGACUAAUCUACAGACGUUUGUGUUGGACGGUAAUCUGCUGACGAGUCUUCCGGCUGAGCUGGGGUGUCUACAGAGACUGACAUAUUUGGGUCUGUCCUUCAAUGAGUUCACUCAGGUGCCGUCAGUACUGGAGCGCCUUCCUGCGGUCGAGAGACUCUGUAUGGCAGGAAAUAAACUGACGGUGUUGACGCUACAGACGUUUCGCCUGCUGACACUAAAACACAUCGACCUCCGUCUGAAUCACAUCUCCAGCGUGAUUCCCGAAGAGCCGGAGUUUCUGCGUCACGUGACACAGUUGGAUGUGCGUGAUAACCGUCUAAAUGAGUUGGAUGCAUCCGUCUUUCCUCAUCUGGAGGUUCUGCACUGUCAGAGGAAUCGAAUCACACAUCUGCGUGUACGCGGCAAUAUGCUCAAAGCGCUCUAUGCCUCCAACAAUGAGCUCCAUGAGUUUGACGUUAGUCCUGCGGCUUCAAACCUCACGUACAUGGACCUCUCCAGGAACUGCCUGACGUCUCUUCCUGAUUGGUUGAGUGAAAGCAGGAAGCUUGAGGUUCUAGACGUCAGCCACAACCACAUCACUGAACUUCCUCCAUGGUUGUUGUCCAGCGGUAGUUUAAGGAAGGUCUUGGCCGGUCAUAAUCAGUUAAAGCGUUUACCUGAGAGAGUCGAGCGACCUUUAGUGGAGGUGCUGGAUGUGCAACACAAUCAACUCAUCGAACUGCCCUGUAAUCUCUUCCUCAAAUCGGAGAGUUUAAGGUGCCUGAAUGCAUCGGCCAAUAAGCUGGAAAACCUCCCGUCCUCCAGCCUAUCAGAGGAGAGCAGCAGUAUUUUACAGGAGCUGUAUCUGACCAAUAACCACCUGACAGACAAGUGUGUACCUCAGCUGACCGGACACACACAUCUGAGAAUACUGCACAUGGCCUACAAUCACCUACAAACCUUCCCAGCCAGUAAAAUGGCCAAGCUGGAGGAGUUGGAGGAGGUGGACCUCAGUGGGAACAGACUGAAGGCGGUGCCCACCACCAUCCUAAACUGCAAACGCAUGCACACACUGGUGGCUCAUUCAAACUGCAUCGAGGUCUUUCCUGAGGUUAUGCAGCUGAUGGAGAUGAAGUGUGUAGAUCUGAGCUGCAAUGAGUUGAGUGAGAUUAGUUUACCUGAGAAUCUGCCUCCUAAACUUCAAGAACUGGACUUAACGGGCAACCCACGCUUAAAUCUGGACCAUAAGACCCUUGAACAACUCAAUAACAUCCGCUGUUUCCGAAUUGACCCACCAUCCUCAGCGUUCUUAGCCAAUGAGACGACAGGAGGGCCGGCGGUCUGGAGUCAUGGCUACACUGAAGCAUCAGGUGUCAAGAACAAACUGUGUGUGGCAGCACUGUCUGUUAAUAGUUUCUGUGGGAACAGAGAAGCUCUGUACGGCGUGUUUGAUGGUGACAGGAAUGUGGAGGUCCCCUAUUUACUCCAGUGCACCAUGAACGACAUACUGGCUGAAGAACUGCAAAGAACCAAAAGUGAAGAAGACUACAUGACAAACACUUUCCUGGUCAUGCAGAGGAAGUUGGGAACAGCAGGGCAGAAACUGGGUGGUUCGGCAGCUCUCUGUCACAUCCGUCAUGACCCAACAGACCCGGCGGGAUGCUUCACUCUCACCGCUGCUAAUGUGGGCAAGUGUCAAGCGGUGCUGUGUCGAGACGGCAAGGCGCUUCCACUGUCACUGCUGCACAACAUCGGUAUCAAAGAGGAAUACAACCGUGUACGACAGCAUAAAGCUAUCAUAACUGAGGACAACAAAGUAAACGGUGUAACAGACUCCACACGCAUCAUGGGCUAUUCGUUCCUCUACCCAGCUGUCCUACCUCGUCCAUACGUCAACACGCUCCCAUUAACGGCCAGAGAUGAGUUCUUCAUCCUGGGCAGCAGAGGUCUGUUUGAGGUCAUGGACCCCGACGAGGCUGUGGAAGCCGUACGGAAAGUCCCAGAUCCUUUGGCGGCCGCAAAGAAGCUGUGCACGUUAGCGCAAGCCUACGGAUGCACCGACAGCCUCAGCGCCGUGGUGGUUCAGCUCAGCGUCGCUGAAGAUUGCUGCUGCUGUUGCUGCUCGGCGUCCUCCGAGCCGGCCUCCGGAAGCAUCCAUCCCACACCACAACCCCCUCCUAGCCCCGGCCCGGGCCUGUACCCACCUUCCUCCGCCGCCGUGCCUCCGUCCUCGUGCAGCGAGAUCAGUUCCGAGGUCAGCGCUUCUGAGAUGAGUUCCGAAGUGGGAUCCACCGCUUCCUCGGAUGAGCCGCCAAUCCCGCUCCAGGAGGCUCAUCUUCACCUUCAUCCGCAAAUUCACCUGCCACAGCUGCAGCAGAUCGCGCGCUUACCCUGCUGCACGCUUCACUUAGUGCCCAACGCCACCGGCUUGUUCCAGAGGCAGCUCUCGGGCGCAACGUUUUCCAGCGCUCUUUCGGACAACGGUCUAGACAGCGAGGACGAGGAACCCAUCGCCGGUGUUUUCUCCAAUGGCAGUCGAGUGGAAGUAGAAGCGGAUGUUCACUGUCUGGGCCACCUGCUGCCUUUUCCACCAGCUCCACCCUGUACCCCAGAAGUCCCAGAGAAAGUUUCAGAGCCUUUACUGGAGGCAACCGAGGAGAUCGACAAGGAAGGAACUCUGAAGCAAGAGGACAAAGUCGGAAAACACGCCGGAACGGAUGAGUGGACCAAGACGUUGGGAAAGAGGAGAGGCAACGGCUCCGUCGCACCACAGGAAAGAAGUCAUAACUUGAUAGAGGUAGCAGCUGAGGCUCCUUCGAAGAAACCCGGGGGUUAUUUCACCGCCCCUGCUCAACCUGACCCCGACGACCAGUUCAUCAUUCCUCCAGAGCUAGAGGAGGAGGUCAAGGAAAUCAUGAAACAACAUCAGCAGGACCAACAAAGACCAGACAAAAGCGAGCGACCUGCGGAUUACUACGACACGCCGUUAUGAGACCGCACUCGCUGUAUGUCUGUUCCAGGUGACUGCCGUACAAGUCUUUCGUUCUUAGUCACCUCUAUGUCGUUUCAAACCUGUAUGGUGUAAUUGUUUCUCUGAAACAAAACCUUCACACGGCUCUUUUUUAUUUAACAACAAAGUUUAUAGUGACCACAAGCGUGGGUGAAGUAUUGAUAAAGUUCUGCCUGUGACCUGUCAUGAACUACAGUCAUGAAUAAUCCUACACUUCGCACCUAGACCCAGAUUGAAUGUAGUUUAACAAACCCACAGUUUAAGAAGACUUAUAUUGCACAAAUCUUUGGUCUUUUUUUGAUGUUUUGUCACCUGCUUGACAAAUGUGGUUGCUAUAAACAAUUAAAACGACGACAAAUGAGCUGUGUGUAAAGAUUCUUGAAAAUAAUUUGCUUCUGAAAGGGUUUGAAACGACAUGACAGUCAACGAAAUGUUUGUAAAGACUCUGCACAGUCCAGUAUUUUGACUUCACGUGGAGUCUGCAAGAGACAGCUGUCAAUCAUCUAGCAUGCUAACAUGUCAGACCUGUGACCGCUCCUGAAAGGCCAUGAGACAAACAGGCUGGGAUGUGUAUGAUGCCACUUCCCUUUAAGAAAAGACGGAGUGACCCGUCUGUAAGUGUUUCACUAGAGUUUCACUACUGAUUAAAGACCAUUUAACUUUGUUUUUACCCUUAUAAUUCAACACAACACUAGUAUUGCGACGUAACUGUCAAUACCAACAUCAAAACUAUGGAUAUUUUUAUUCAGGUUUUUUUUUUAGUUACCAUAUCUUUUGAUGCGAGAAAAAGAAACAACAGACUUGAAAUUGAUUUAAAAGCGAAAAUUAUGUUGCGGUAAAUUGUGUUUGGUAUGGUACACACUAGUAAUACUGUUGUAGAUAGAGCACUUGAAGUUAUACUGUAUCUCUUCAGUAAAUCAAGGCGUCAGGCCUGUAUAAAACUAGAGAUUUAGUGGAAAUUUGAAAGACUAACUCCUAGGAGUUGCUUACUCUUUUAUAGUGACUUUGUCACUUUUUACUAAUCUUCUCUGCGAGAAAUGAUUUUUUCCUCUUUCCAAUGAUUGUAAAUAAGACAGAUAUUGUAUACCAAUGCUUUUUAAGAGAACUGUGUGUUUAGAGAUGACCCUUUAUGCCAAUCAAUAGAUGUAUAUGUGUCAGAAACAUAUGCACACACACACACACGACUUGUGCUCACUCGCUCACAACACAAACACACACACACACAGACACACAACUCCUGUUGCUCAUCUGUCUCCUCACACCAGCAUGACUCUGUCAAGUCCUGUAAUCCAGACCAGUUUAACUGUAAGAAAUUGUACUUAAUCCAACCACACAAAAGUUCCUGAUUUUGUUAUAAUAAAUUUUAAAUUUAUGACUAUA